GCUUAGUGUUUCCUGGGUCGAAACCAGAGCCAACAAGAGGGAUAUGUGGCAAAAGUCAUGGACUUGGCUGUGAUCUUUGACUACUGGGGGAGGGAACCUGGGUAUGGUGAGACAAUGACGAGAGAAAAGGGUCACAAAGGACUGGCCUCCCUGAUCUCUCUCCUCAUGGCAGUGACCCACCUCCAGCCCCCUGGACAAUCGGGUACAAGAGACUAAGGUUGGGCAUGGGAAGGGUGGGGUUUCCAUGGUCCAUUAAAUGCUUCCCUACUCUCAUUCAUCGCUCUCAAAAUUAGCUUCAGUAACAAAGACUUAAAUCUCUUUCCUAUUUGCAGCCCUGGGUUGGAGAGAGGGCACAUGAGUUGGGCUGAGUUAUUUACUGAUUGAGACUCUAGGAACUGUGUUGAUUGGCUUUGGUGAUGGUAUUUGCAACAGAAAGGGAAUAAUUGCAAACUGGACAGGAAUCUGGGUCCACCUGUCUCACUUCCCUCAGUUGAAUCAGGUAACACUAAAGGGUCAUGGCAGGGCCCAAGGGUGGUGUGGUCUAUAUUUGAACAAAUUCUUGUUCUGAGCAUCACAGGGAGAAAAUGGCUUGGUGGGAGUGGGGCUGUCUCCCCUUUGAACAGCCAAUAAAUAAUUUUAUGAUAAAAAUUAUACUGAUACCAACAUUGACUCCUUCAGUUCAAUUCAGUACAUAAUAGUUUUAACACCCAUUAUGUCCUGGGACCCACACAAAGAAUGUGUGGGCCCCUGCCUUCAAGGAGCUAAUAAUCAGAUACUUUGUAUCUUUAUAGAGUAUUUGAAUCUAAUAAAGCAUUAUAAAAUAUUUCUAAAAUAUGCUUGAGAAAUAUGUUAGACUAUAUCCACAGUUCUAAUUUCUGAGAGUUCAUUGCAGUAGUACAUAGAGGUUUCCUGCAGAUUGUGGAAAGUGUGGGAGUUGUAAAUGAAAUGAAACUGGGCAAACAUAGAUUUUCCCCUUUUGAACUAGAAAAAUUUGUAGGUUUCUGUCUUCCUACCACUAGACUAUCAUUCUAGUACAGUGCCUAUUACACUGAAGAAAUCCCUUAGGAAAAAAAUGUAUAUAUAGCAAAGGAGUGUCCUUUGUGAUUCAAAAUCUGUUUACCUCUAUUUCCUUUUAAGAUAAAGUCAUAGGAGGAAUCUCCUUUCUAGACAGGGUAAAAACUUUUCAAUCACUAAUCAUCUAGUAGAUCUGAGGUAUUGCCAGCAGAUGGCAGUGUGAUUCUGGUGGAAAUAGGAAAGGCAUAUGAGGGGGGGAGGGAGAAAAGGGAAGGCAUUAAAUAUUGCUUGGCAGCCAUUUUGUAAAUUUAUUUUGGCUUUUCUUUUGACAUUGUCCUCCAACCCUUCCUUCACAAACAUCAAAGAAGAAAAGUUUUAAGUGCAAGGAUCUCUCUAAUUUAGACUGGAAUUACCUGACACUGUGAACUCACUGACAUUUACUACAGAGUUUGACAUAAAUAGAUUCAUUUGCAAUUUGUUUUUCCCUGUAGGAAUGGAUCAUGAAGGAAAUUAAAGAGUUUCUUUUAUUAUGAUGAGAACUUCCCAACAUUUUCUGCUAUGACCAACUUCCAGGAGUUUUCUAGUCACCAGGAUGGCUUGGUAAAGUUCAGUGUGUAAUUCUUAGCUCUGAAAGCUGUUCCUGGGUAAAACCUGACCUCCCUAAUACACUGAAGAAUCAGCAGGCUGAGGAAACCAGUCUGUCAAUUACUUUUUCUUACAUUCUAGUGAUAUCCAGGUGACUUCCAAUACUAAAUGAAAACCUUAGGCCUUUUGUUGUAUGAUGUCCCCAGAGCAAUAUCUUCUAGGGGGGCAAUGUAGAAAAGGGGUUAAUUUGUAGUCAGAUCUACUUACUCACUGUUUGAACUUGGGAAAGCUGCUUAAUUUCUCUGAGCCUAUUUCCUCAUCUGUAAAAAUGGGGAUCAUAAUAACCUACCUCACAGGGUUGUUGUGAGGAUUAAGAGAUGAGACAUGGAAGCGCCUAGCCAUAAUUGGUAAAUAGGUACUCAAUAAACAUUGGUUUUUCUUCCCUUUCCUCUGGCCCUUUUUCCCCAGAAGUGUUGAUAAUGGAAAAGUAUCACAAAAAACUCAUUUCAUUCUAACAUCAGUUAGAAGCAACUGGGGACUUUAAAAACUUUUAAGAAUUAGCAUAAGAGUUAUGAUGCAUGAGGCUGUUUAAAGUGGUUCUAAUUUUCUAAUUAAUGAAUCAUCAUUAUAUAGACCUUUCUGUUGGGACUUUGUAUUCUUUUAGAUUCUUUAUUCCCAAGUGAUUUUUAAUCACAGGAAAAGAUUUUAGGGGCUGCAAAGAAGUCCCUCUCCCUAGAAUGCACCAUGACAGUACCUGUGGGGCUGUCUAUCGGUAAAGCUAAUUCAGAACAGGCGCCACAGUACUUUCUAAGGUUAUCAGUGAAAAGGUAUUCGUAUGGGGCUUUCACAGAUUUAUUUUCAGGUGACAAUAAAGCCGAGAGGCAAUUUUUACCAGAACUUCCCUUUUUGUGUGGUAUCACAACAGAAAAUUUUAGGAGAUUAAGAGGAUGCACUGAUUUGUUUCCGGGUGGGGAUGACUGGACAAACUACACACCUUUCAACUGGCCUUUUGUAAAGCCCACAGCAACUUAGAAGUAGUACCAUAAGGACCAGAAUAUAUUUUAAGAGCAGGAAGCAGUGGGCCAGAAGACAAGGCUUGUCUUAAGUAGCAUUGGUGUUACAGAUCUCAGAUAUUAUCAGGCAUGGCCAGAGCUUAGGCAGGGCAAUGUGUUCUUACUCGAUAGAUCAGACUGAAGCAACUUAGGCAGAAAAAUGUCCAACACCUGGGCAAGUGCUCUGGGCCGCCAGAACAGAACCUGAGACCAAAGGGGUUUUAAGCCCAGCGAGAAUUUAACAGUAGAAAUGGACAUGUUGGCUGUGGGUUCUUAUUUGAGAAUCCCAACCCCCAGCCUCCAAACCCGCUGUGAGACCUCAGAAGAGCAAAUGAAAAGGAGACCCCGGUUUUUAUACAUUUACCCAACAGGUAAGGGGGGAUUAAGGUUAGGAGGUGCGCACCGAGCUUCACAGAACCUGACAGAUCCGCGGAACCCUCGCCCUCCCGGGGCCUUCCGCUUUCGGUCUCAUCUCCUCUCUUAGAGCGGGAGUGGUUCAAGUGGUAACGGCCGCAGGGCGUCGCCGGAAGUGUCGUAAACGCCGGAUAUCCGGUUUCUCGGAUCGCUAGUGAAGCUGACGGAGAGGGCCGCCGCCCAGCAGUAGACGCGCUGUCUGAGCCAGCGGAGAAGCACUUUCAGCAGAGUGUGAGUGAGGCCGGGCCCGGUUCCCUCUCCCGCCGCCGCCAUGGGCUGCACGUUGAGCGCCGAAGACAAGGCGGCGGUGGAGCGGAGCAAGAUGAUCGACCGCAAUUUGCGGGAGGACGGGGAGAAAGCGGCCAAAGAAGUGAAGCUGCUACUACUCGGUGCUGGAGAAUCUGGUAAAAGUACCAUUGUGAAACAGAUGAAAAUCAUUCAUGAGGAUGGUUAUUCAGAAGAAGAAUGUAAACAGUAUAAAGUAGUUGUCUACAGCAAUACUAUACAGUCCAUCAUUGCGAUCAUCAGAGCCAUGGGACGGCUAAAAAUUGAUUUUGGGGAAACUGCCAGAGCAGAUGAUGCUCGGCAAUUAUUUGUUUUAGCUGGCAGUGCUGAAGAAGGAGUAAUGACUUCAGAAUUAGCAGGAGUGAUUAAACGGUUAUGGCGAGAUGGUGGGGUACAAGCGUGCUUCAGCAGGUCCAGGGAGUACCAGCUUAAUGAUUCUGCUUCAUAUUACCUAAAUGAUCUGGAUAGAAUAUCCCAAAACAACUACAUUCCAACUCAGCAAGAUGUUCUUCGGACAAGAGUGAAGACCACAGGCAUUGUGGAAACACAUUUCACCUUCAAAGAUUUAUACUUCAAGAUGUUUGAUGUAGGUGGCCAAAGAUCAGAACGAAAAAAGUGGAUUCACUGUUUUGAGGGGGUAACAGCAAUUAUCUUCUGUGUGGCCCUCAGUGAUUAUGACCUAGUUCUGGCUGAGGAUGAGGAGAUGAACCGAAUGCAUGAAAGCAUGAAAUUAUUCGACAGCAUUUGUAACAACAAAUGGUUUACAGACACUUCAAUCAUUCUCUUCCUUAACAAGAAAGACCUUUUUGAAGAAAAAAUAAAGAGGAGUCCAUUAACUAUCUGUUAUCCAGAAUAUACAGGUUCUAAUACAUAUGAAGAGGCAGCUGCUUACAUCCAGUGCCAGUUUGAAGAUCUGAACAGAAGAAAAGAUACCAAGGAGAUCUACACUCACUUCACCUGUGCCACAGACACCAAAAAUGUGCAGUUUGUUUUUGAUGCUGUUACAGAUGUCAUCAUUAAAAACAACUUAAAGGAAUGUGGACUUUAUUGAAGAGGGUGGAUGUUAGUAAAAGCUACAGCAGUGUGGAGUGUUGAGACCAGACAUCUUUUGCUGUCUCAUGGGGCAGCUGCAAGCAUGACGGGACCAGGGAAUGGCAGAAGCAUGCAGAAUCUUAGCACUCUUUAGCACAAUUUUCUGUAUUAGGGAACUUUUAAUUGACAUGAGAUACUCAAGUCAGACAUUGGAAUUGGGACAGCUGUAAAGCAUGGUUUCAUCAUCAAGACAUCACUUGGAUUUUAUAAUCUUAAAUUUUAGGGCAGAUCUGAAGUUGAGGUGCUGCAUUCCAGAACUUCAAUAUGUGGCUUACUUUUUUUUUCCCCCUUCUUAACAAAUCACCAGUAAUUCAUUUCUGAAGUUUUUUUCAUCAAGAGAAUAACUCAUUACUAAAUUUUACUUCUUUAUUUGCAAAAGAAUCUUUAUUAAAACACAGUCUUAACUAUGCAUAUGUCACCAGAUUAUCUUGAAAAUAUUCCUCUUAAUAGGAACUCUGUUUUUAAUUCCUGGUGUGGUCAGAAUAUACAUCAAUAAUUACUUAAAAUUCUGUCCAGUUAUAGGGGCUAUAAAUACAGCUUUUUUGAAUGCAAUAUUAUACUGUUGUGUUCAAAGUAAACUAUGGUGGUUUCUAAAUGGUAAUUACAUUGGAGAGGUCGGCAAUAUGAUUCUAGCUCUCUUUUUUCUUUAAGCUUAUGUGGUUGAAGGUUAACCUUGUUUUAUGCUAAUUACCAAAUUACUAGGUACAUGCUGAUGUAGUAUGAUAAAGUCAGCUUCUUGGAUAUGGACACACCCAGGGCAGCUGUUAAUUAAAAAUAUAAAUUGCUAAAUUCCAAACAGAACCAGUGACUUUGCUGCUACAUAUCUCUAAAUUGACCACUUUGAUAUUCUUGCUUGUUUGUCUCAGUCAUAGGGAGUUUUAUAUAAGGUGUCCCUUGUUUUCCAUCUGUGGUCUUUUUUGUUGAGAGACAUCUAUAAAGUAUCUUAACAGUGCAUGCUUUUACUUUGUAAAUGUGGUGCCAAAUCCCUGUUUGCCAUUGUUUUACUGAAGUAAUGUUAAAUGUAGUAAUCCUUAGUAAGUUCUUUUACCCAAACUGUUGCAUUUUAGGACUUUUCCACUUUGUCAUAUGUACAGAUUUUAAUCUGUUAUAGUUGGCAGCAGUAUUAAAAUGGUGAGUAAAGAGUCCA